UGCCAGGGACUCAGGGCUGCAGUGGCGUUCGCACCCCCAGCUCGGGCAGAUGUGGAAACUUUGGGGAGGUGAAGAGGGCGCAGCGGCGCUCGGCGGCGCGCUCUUGCUGCUUUUCGCGCUGGGGGUCCGCCAGCUGCUGAAGCAGAGGCGGCCGAUGGGCUUCCCUCCGGGGCCGCCGGGUCUGCCAUUUAUCGGCAACAUCUAUUCCCUGGCCGCCUCAGCCGAACUUCCCCAUGUCUACAUGAGAAAGCAGAGCCAAGUGUACGGAGAGAUCUUCAGUUUAGAUCUUGGAGGCAUAUCAACUGUGGUUCUAAAUGGCUAUGAUGUAGUAAAGGAAUGCCUUGUUCAUCAAAGUGAAAUUUUUGCAGACAGACCAUGCCUUCCUUUAUUCAUGAAGAUGACAAAAAUGGGAGGCCUACUCAAUUCCAGAUAUGGCCGAGGAUGGGUCGAUCACAGACGAUUAGCUGUAAAGAGCUUUCGAUAUUUUGGAUAUGGCCAAAAGUCUUUUGAAUCUAAAAUCUUGGAAGAAACCAAAUUUUUCACUGAUGCUAUUGAAACUUACAAAGGUAGACCUUUUGACUUAAAACAAUUAAUAACGAAUGCUGUUUCAAACAUAACCAAUCUGAUCAUUUUUGGAGAACGAUUCACUUAUGAAGACACUGAUUUUCAGCACAUGAUUGAGUUAUUUAGUGAAAAUGUGGAACUAGCUGCCAGUGCCUCAGUCUUCUUGUAUAAUGCUUUUCCAUGGAUUGGCAUCCUGCCUUUUGGAAAACAUCAACAGCUGUUUAGAAAUGCAUCUGUGGUCUAUGAUUUUCUCUCCAGACUCAUUGAAAAAGCAUCAGUCAACAGAAAGCCUCAGCUACCUCAGCAUUUUGUUGAUGCUUAUAUAGAUGAGAUGGAUCAAGGUAAAAAUGACCCAUCAUCUACUUUCUCCAAAGAAAACCUAAUUUUCUCAGUGGGUGAACUCAUCAUUGCUGGAACUGAAACUACAACCAAUGUGCUACGGUGGGCGAUUCUUUUCAUGGCCCUUUAUCCUAAUAUUCAAGGACAAGUUCAGAAAGAGAUUGAUUUAAUUAUGGGCCCCAAUGGGAAGCCUUCUUGGGACAACAAAUUCAAAAUGCCUUAUACUGAGGCAGUUUUGCAUGAAGUUUUAAGAUUCUGUAAUAUAGUUCCAUUAGGGAUUUUCCAUGCAACCUCUGAAGAUGCAGUUGUACGUGGUUAUUCCAUUCCUAAAGGCACAACAGUAAUUACAAAUCUUUAUUCUGUACACUUUGAUGAAAAGUACUGGAGAGACCCAGAAGUGUUCCAUCCUGAGCGAUUUCUGGACAGCAGUGGAUAUUUUGCCAAGAAGGAAGCUUUGGUUCCUUUUUCCCUAGGGAGAAGACAUUGUCUUGGAGAACAGUUAGCUCGGAUGGAGAUGUUCUUGUUUUUCACAGCAUUGCUUCAGAGGUUUCAUUUGCAUUUUCCACAUGAACUAGUUCCAGAUCUGAAGCCCAGGUUAGGCAUGACAUUGCAGCCCCAACCCUACCUCAUCUGUGCUGAAAGACGCUGAAAGUGCCUGGAUGUUUUCAGGAGCAAGGAUGUAUAUUUGCCUUAUCCCUGAACUUGGUUUAAUCAAAUCAAUGUGUGUAUUAGAAUAAAAGUCACAGCAUCAUAAAGCCAAAU